GUUAGCGUUGCAUGACACAGCAGAAUGUGGCCUCGCUGUUGGCGUUUUCUUUGAGAUUCUAGAUAGUUGGCUCGGAUGCCCCAUAUGACCGAAGCCCGAUAUGCUGGCAAUGGUUUGGGCGACCAUUAACAGAUACGUUUCCGUCCUUCUCACAUUCUAUGCGCGAUGGGCCAAACCCAUAUGCCCGCUCUUCAGUAUCUUAACCCUUGCUAUCGGACCAUCGUAAACUCCGAUGCAAGCAUAGUCUGCGCUAAUGCAGUACUGUAGAUGUCGACGGUCCACACAACACCAGCAAAUGCUUGGGUAACCUUGUAGGAAAAUACGUGUGCGCCUGUUGCAUUAACAGGACCGGUAAAUGCCGCAAAGCAGCGGCGCCUGUCGCUCACUGGCGACAUACUUUCAGCUUCCGAUCACCGGAAUACGUCUUCUAUGGAAGCUUCUCCUGAUAACAGCCCUUGGGGUUAUCAAAGGAGUCGUCAUCUUCAUCCCUGUCGCGUUCGUUACUAUACCGACAUGGACGCUUGUAACAGUUAUAUACUGGCCCGUCGCCGUCGUAGCCACCUUCAUCACGGUGGCCCUGACACAGCGCCUAGGCACCAGUCUUAGGCUGCUGGUGCUGCUGCUGCUGCCGGUUCCUCUGGUGGCAUGGCCGGUCGCCAUGGCCCUCGCCAGCUGCUUCUUCAGCCUGGGAGUGGGGCUGCUGUGGCCGC